AUGAAGAUGAGUGUUUCCACCUUCACUCAUUUAUCUUACUCUUCUCCUUCUAUUUCCUCUAUCUUCCCUUCCAAAUUUCCCACUUCAUCACCAUGCUCUCUCAAAAAGAUCAAAGCAUUGGCAAUUCAUCAAACACCUUCCACUCCACAUGGAAGCAGCCUUGAUGCACUCAAGAAUAGGAUUCUGCUCCAGGUGUUUCAAAGGGCAAUGCCAAUGGAACCACUUGCAACCAUUUUCCGAGAACAUUCCGAGAUGAAUGACUUUAGAUUGGAAAAUCUUCAAGAUAGGAAAAAGCCGUCCAAAUGGGUUGCAGCAUUCUUGUUUGGACAAUCUAUAUCAGUUAUUUCUCCUGAUGUUUCAUAUGCAAGCGACUCAGUAAAGAUAAAUGAGAUGUAUCAGGUUGGGGAGUUGUUUGACUUAGGAAUCCAAUUAAUAUAUUUGCUGUUGUUGUUGGGUUUGCUCGGUGCUGGAACUUUCUAUGUGAUUCGCCAAGUUCUUGUUCGCAGAGAACUUGACCUUUCGGCCAAAGAGUUGCAGGAGCAAGUCAGAAGUGGUGAUGCAAAUGCGACUGCACUGUUUGAACUUGGUGCAGUGAUGCUGCGGAGGAAAUUUUACCCAGCUGCUACCAAGUUCUUGCUUCAAGCAAUUGAUAAAUGGGAUGGAGAAAAUCAAGAUCUUGCCCAGGUUUACAACGCGCUUGGUGUCAGUUAUGUUCGUGACGGGAAGCUUGAUAAAGGAAUUGCUCAGUUUAAGACAGCUGUGAAGAUUCAACCAGGCUAUGUCACAGCGUGGAACAAUCUUGGUGAUGCUUAUGAAAGUAAAAAAGAAUAUGCGUCAGCUCUGAAGGCAUUUGAAGAAGUUAUUCUAUUUGAUCCUAACAACAAAAUUGCGCGGCCUAGGAGAGAUGCUUUGAAGGAACUUGUUGGAGUUACUGUUGAGAAGAAAUGA